AUGAUGUCCCCUUCACUUCUCCCUCUUGCCCUCCUGGCGUGGGCUCUACCCGUCCAAGUCCACAGUAUCCCCCACCAACCUCCUCAGAAUGGCAACUUUUACCCACCGAGACCACCGCCAUCGCCAUGCGGGAAUUCAGCCUCGACAGUAACAGUUACUGCUUCAUCAGUAGAGACAGUUACGAUCACAUCCUCAACUUUGUCCUUCCCCUCGCCCUCAUCUUCACAGAAGGAAGUGGUGACGGUUACUCUCACCGAAGCUGGACUUCGUGUACCGCCUUUUGCGGUAUGGUCUCAGCCCGCUGAGAUCCAGACGAUCAAAACUGUCACGGUUACCGCUUAUCCUGAUUCUCAACAGCAACCGCAGGGGCAACCGCAACCCAGCUGGGGACCUGACGCCGGGGCUGGGGUUGGGUGGGAUCAUGAACUCCCUAACCAUGACGACGAAGGUCCAGCUUGGGGGCCGGAUAGGGAUGCGCUGGUUCAAACCGCAACUGUUACUGAGCCCGCUAGCUCAGCAUCAUCCCCCGCGUCGACGAUGGUAUCGAUUUCGGUGGUUACUGUCACUCGGCCAGCACCUGUUUUCAGCCACCCACACAAUGGCAAUGGUUGGCCCCGUCCGGACGAUGGGUGGAGACAUUCGGACUGGGCGUCUCACCCCAAUCCCAGUGUUAGUGUUGAUCGGGAUGGACUGGGUUUGGUGACGGUCACUGUUACCAUGUCUGGCGGUGGUGACAACCGCUGGAGACCUACACCAUCUUCUUGGUCUACCUCAUCCUCCUGGUCAACGCCCAUGUCAACAUCAACGUCAACAACAACAUCAACAUCGUGGGAAAGGCCAGCAACCACGUCUACGACACCUUCGGAUUCCCGGACUGAACACAGCGGCCCGCCUGCUUGGCCCAAGCCUCAAUGGCCUCAUUUUGACCCUCAUCCUCAUCCGCCUUCUCACCCUGAUCCGAGACCGAACUGGCAGCCGAACACGACUGUCACUGUUCCGGUAGGGGUGCAGAGCGAGUCACUUCCGUAUCACAGCUGGGGAGGCAUGGGCAAGGGUUGGGGCCAUCCUUGGAACUGGGGAAACAUCAAUCAAGAAGAUCCCGACGAAGCCAAGAAGAUCAGUACCUCUAAUGAGGGACAAGAGAAGAGCAAUGAUUCUGUCUCUGACUCUGACCCAGGAAAGGAGAAGCAACAACAAACGGAAACGGGAGAGAACAAAAAGGAGGGAGGAGGAACCCUCCUAGAUAUAGACCUUGGCCUUGGUCUUAACCUUAAUUAA